AUGAGAACGUGUGUAGUCCACCUGCUGUUGCUGAAUCAGAAAGUUGUUGAUGCUCGGACGUGAAUACACCUUGAAACUUUUCCACAACAGCUUCUGGCGUUUUCUUGCUGUAAAUCCAGCGAUAUAGCGAUCUUCAAAACAAGUAGGCUUCAGUAGCAUUCCAGGUAGGGAUUUCCAAGAUGACGUAUUUCAGCAGUGACACUCCAACUAUAGUUUUGAAGAGUAUUUUUGCCAAAUAUGACAAGGACGGAAGUGGGUGCCUCAGCCAAGAUGAACUGAAGGACAUGGCACGGCAAGACUUUGGCAUGACUAAGGCCCAGGCCGAAGCCUUCAUCCUACUCACAGACAAAGAUGGCAACCAGAAGAUCAGCUUUGAAGAGUUCAUCGAGUGGAUUCGAAGCGGAGAUCGUUUCUCCGCAAUCGAUGACAAGUCCAAAUUUUACCGUCUGCAGAAAGCUAUCACCUUGUUCAAGGAGUUAGACAAGGAUGGGAGUGGUGUCUUGGAGAAGUCUGAAGUCAAUUCUUUGCUUCUUUCCCAAGGGGGGAAACCAGAACAUUUUGACUCUCAUCUUAAGGCAUUGGAUAAGAGUGGAGAUGGAACUGUGUCCUUUCCAGAGUUUCUUGAUUAUCUUAACUGGAUUCCUAGAGAUUAAUUACAAGAUUUUUUUAUUCUCAGGCUUGACAGCUGCGCUUGGUGCAUACUAUGCACAUUUCCACGGUUUAAAGGCACUGGAAACCUUUGGUAAUAUUGUCAAAGACCAGUCUUCUCACUUGGUUUAACUCAAAAUGCAUAAAAUAACAAACCUGUGAGAAUUUGAACUUAAUUGGUCGUUGAAGUUGCGAGAGAAUGGCAGAAAAAUACCCUCGUCACAGAAGAUGUGUGCUUUCAUAAUAAUGUUUGAAUUCAAGACCUCAGCUGAGGUCUUGAAUUCAAUUCAAGUAUGUAAG